UUUCAUUGUCAUCUGUUACACGUUCACACUUACCGCCACCAUGGAGGACAGCAGCGGCUUUCGCCCUUCGGUCGGCAAUCUGGACGACCCUCCUAACAGCCGGGUGUUUCUGGUGGUGAGCCGGUCGGUGACGGAGGACAUUAUCCGGGAGAAGUUCGCUACGUUCGGCGAAAUCCAGGACAUCUGGGUGGUGAGGGACAAACACACCAAGGAGUCUAAAGGCAUCGCCUACGUCAAAUACGCCAAGUCUUCCCAUGCCUGCCGGGCUAUGGAGGAGAUGCACGGCCGGCACAUGGGCGACUGCAAUAAGCCUAUGAAGGUGCUUAUUGCGCAAUCCAGAGGGGCUUCAAAUCACAGGGAUCUGGAAGAUGAAGAUUUAACAAGGAUAUUUGUGAUGAUUCCUAAGACCUACACAGAGGAGGAUGUCAAGGACACAUUCAAGGAAUAUGGCCAUAUAGAGUAUUGUUCAAUUAUCAAAAAUAAAACCACAGGUGAAAGUAAAGGACUGGGAUAUGUGCGGUUCCUUAAACCUUCUCAGGCAGCCAUGGCAAUCGAAAACUGUGACCGAAAUUUUAAGGCAAUUCUGGCAGAACCCAAAAACAAAGGUGGAACAUCAUCAGAUGCGCCAGAUUACCACAUUUCUUCUUCUUCUUCUUCUCGUCACCCAGAACCACUGCUUGACACAGCGACUCCCUUAUAUCCUUAUGAUCAGUACGAUUAUGCAGCUUUUGAUAAAUGUGGAGAUUCUAGGAGCCAGGAAACUGUGUCUAAGCGUCUCACUGUUGUGUCCCGGGUGCCAAUUCUUCAGGAGAACCUAUACAGCUUGUUUGACCUCGUUCCAGGGCUGGAGUAUUGUGAGGUUCAGCGGGAUCAUUACAGUGCUUACUCCAAUGCAAUGGUUCAAUACCAAAAUAUAUCAUCUGCUAUUUAUGCCAAAUACAAGCUACAUGGCUUUGAGUAUCCACCUGGAAAUCGUCUUGGUGUCACAUACUUAAAUGAUGGUGGCGAUGGCACUGACCUACUUAGAAAGAUGGCCUCUCAGAUGGUGGCUGCCCAGGUGAAUUCAAUGGUAUGGGGCUCCCAAGCUCAACAGCAAUUCCCAGCAGCGCCCUCUGGCUAUGAUCGACCAUAUGCCUCCCCCAUCGCCUCUCAGAUUCAGACAGACGCUACCCUUCCAGCAUACAAAAAGAAAUCUCCCAUUGAUACACACUCCAAGGAAAGACUAUUUAUCGUCUUCAAUCCUCAUCCGCUUCCACAGGACAUUGCAGAAGAUAUUUUCUGUCGAUUCGGCAAUCUCAUUGACGUUUACAUCGUGCCGGGGAGGAACAUCGGUUAUGUCAAAUACGCAGAGGUAUCCAGCGCAAAUGAUGCGAUUGCCACACUGCAUGGCAAGAUGGUUAACGGUGUGAAGUUGAAAGUAAUGCAAGCUGAGUCUCCAAGAGAUGAAUCCAAUAAGAAAAAAGAUGAAUCCAAUAAGAGACAGAGAACAUACUGAGUUUACUUAUCUCAGACCACAGACUAAGUUAUGACAUGACCCUCAGCUGACUGACUGAAACGUGACAGGAGACUGCUUUUACGUACUGGUUUAGUAAACGUUUGCUCAUAAAGACUUUUCAUGGGAAGAGAGAAUAUCCAUGUGUUAAAUAUUGCAUUUCCAAAUAACGAGUUACAAUGCUUAUUCGAUCAUUAGAAUUGUUUUAAUUCUCUUUUUUUU